AAGUCCUUUGCCGCUGGCGGGGCAAGACAUGCAGUCAGAGGCAGAGCCCAGAAACACGUCCACGCACACACACAUGCACACGCUCACACACACUCACACGAGCUCUUCUCCGUCAGAGGAGAGAGCGCAGAGAGGGAUAAACGGAGGGAGACCAGAGGAACGCGGCUGCGACUCGUGCGAGCGUGUAUGCGUGUGCGCGCGCGCUCGUUCGCUUGGUGCUAGUAGAAACGACUGGCGGGGCGGAAUAAUGGAGGGGCUCGGGAAGAACGCCGCAAAAAAGUGACCUAGAACGGAAACCAAGCGACAGAGAGAGGACACGAGACGCGUGGAGAGGUCGCGAGGAAGGGACGAAGGAGAGGAAGAGUGUGGACAACAAGGAGAGGAAGAGUGGAGGAGAAGAAAGAGAAGAAGAAGGAGCUUCAUCUGGAACUCAGAGCAGGAUCCUAAAGGAGUGAGCCCUGGGCUGGAUGGGACCCACCAUGCCCCCCAGUAAGAAGGCUCAGAGCCCCAGUAGUGGAGCCAGCGCCUCUCAGGGCAUGAGCCCGCCGUACCGGCAGGUGGACGCUGCCACGGCGGCAUCUGAGGCCGAGGCAGCCGAUCUCUCGCUAUCCCUGUCUGCCUCCUUUUCCAAGGCCGAGGACGAGGAGCUCACCAGCCUCUCAUGGCUCCACGAGAGCACCGACCUCCUUAACAGCUUCAGCCACUCCGGGCUACGUAGCGUCUCCCCUCUGCAGGACCCAGACGGUCAGCACCCCCGCUCGCCAUACUCCUCCUCACCCUCCCCAGACGACGCCCUGCUCGGCGACACGCACUCGGCGUAUGACCUGUCGGUGGGAGCUAACCGAAAACCUCCGUACUCCUUCAGCUGCCUGAUCUUCAUGGCUAUCGAGGACGCCCCGAACAAGCGGCUGCCGGUGAAGGAUAUAUACGGCUGGAUUCUGGAGCACUUCCCUUACUUUUCCAGCGCCCCCACAGGCUGGAAGAACUCUGUGCGGCACAAUCUGUCACUCAACAAGUGUUUUAAGAAAGUGGAUAAAGAUCGCAGUCAGAGCAUAGGCAAAGGCUCCCUGUGGUCCAUAGACCCCGAGUACCGGCACAACCUGAUCCAGGCCCUGAAGAAGACGCCGUACCAUCCCUACUCGCCCAGCCUGGCCGCUCCACCCACCUCCCCACCCAGCCUGCCACAGACGUUCCACCACAGUCCUCCAUUGUGGUCGGGGAGUCCCCUCUUCAGAAAGAACGGAGGAGUUGUCCUACAAGUUCCUCGGAGCGUGAUCCAGAACGGCGCUCGUGUCAGGAGCCAGGCCCUGUUCCCCGUUAUCAGACCCCUGCCUGUAAGCCCGGUGGGGAGCAGAACCUCGGCAAUAAGAUCAUCCCUGGGAGAGUAUCUAAGCCGAGGACAGGACAGCCCGACCCGCUGCUCCCCUCCACUCUGCGGCGAAGACCUCCAGGAGGACCACACUUACAGCACUGCCAAGUCCCCCAGCAGGCUGUCCUCCUCCCAGGACACCACCCCUUCCUCCCCGCUGGACGACGACGACGACAUCAUCGCUGUGGAAAUCCAGUCGGAUGUCAAGCCCGAGCCCCGGGAGAUCCCGCUGGAUUCUCACAUCGCCACUGCCGCCGCGGCGUAUAUCUCGCAGCAGUCCCUGCGCGGACAGAGACGCAGCUCGGGGGCGGGCGCCGGGACUCUGCCGGGCAGCAGCCUGCCCUGGACCAAAAGCCGAGCGAGGAGCAUUAGCGACACGCUGCCGCUGAAGAAGCGGCGCGCGGUGGAGAAGCCGCCGGAAAGCGACGACGAGGAGAUGAAGGAGGCGGCGGGGUCGCUGCUCCACCUGGCCGGCGUGCGAGCCUGCCUCAACAACAUCACAAACCGCGCCGCCAAGGGCCAGAAGGAGCCCAAAGAGGCUCUGAGAAACUAAAACCCACACAUUAACUCACACACACAAAUAGAUCAACAGGUUACUACAGCAUUAGUCUGAACGGACACUCGUCUUUUCCCUCUAUCUAUCUGCAGGGCAUUAGGUGAAUCCUACUUAUCUGUGGCAAUAUCAAAAAUCUAUGUUUUCCUACAUGUUCAGCAACACUAACACCGAUGGGUAUGUCUCAUGUGUCUAUGUUGUUUUUCUCGUUUAAAAAAGGGGAUGAAAGCCAUAAAAAAAACGCAUGUUUUGUCUCUAAUUUGGGCAAGCCGAAAAACAACGAUAAAAGAAAAAGUGACGCAGGAGGAGCGCACCGCGGUGACAGAGGAUGGCUCUUUGUCUUUACCUGUUUUUGUUUCUCCAUGUCCGAUCUGUAGCAAUCUCGCAGUGAUGCCAGCAAAACAUGGCGGAGACUUAGCAUCACUCUCCUCAACGUACAAACCCACAAGCACAAACGUGAGACUGUGCCAAAGAUACGCGACCAGGUUGCUUUAUGUAGCCAAACGAAAUGGGGGGGGGGGGGGGUAAAAAAGAAAAAAAAAGGCAUAGUAAGGAGCUAAAGUGUCAAAGUACAUGUAAAACCCAAUGUGAUAUGUAUAUUCAUGCACUUAAGAUUAUUUUACGCCACUAUAAGGGGAAAGCAUCAUGGGUAAAAUCAUGGUUUAUUUCCAGAGCACUCAUAGUAUUUAAGAAGAAAUAUAUGAAAACAAAAAAAAGUCAUGUUUAUCACCACAGAGACGGAUAGUGUGCCGGGUUUGAGGCAAUAUCUCCUUGGUUUUGUUGUUGCAUAGUGUAUCCGUCCCUGAAUCUUCCUCAGUACCUCUGUCCGUAGACACCAUGUCUAGACAUCAGAGCAACCGGUAGCUGCCACGCCUUCCUCUCC